AUGUCGGAAAUAAUAUUCUCUAUUAAUGGGAAGCGGUAUAAAGUGGAUGGUAAAUUCGGUCCGGACGUGUCUCUGAACGAGUACAUUCGCUCGGUGGCGGCGCUGCGCGGCACGAAGGCGAUGUGCCACGAGGGCGGCUGCGGUGCGUGCGUCGUCGCCGCGCGCGCAGCGCUGCCGCCAAACAACCAGCUCAAGACAUUCGCUGUCAACUCUUGCCUUGUGUCGGUAUUCUCUUGUCAUGGAUGGGAGGUGACAACUGUGGAGGGUAUUGGGAACAGAAUCAAGGGCUACCACGACAUACAGAGCAGACUGGCCAAGUUUAACGGCACGCAGUGUGGGUACUGCACUCCUGGGUGGGUCAUGAAUAUGUACAGUCUGUAUGAAUCUAAAGAUGGCGACUUAACCUCGGAGGAAAUUGAAAAUUCUUUCGCCAGUAACAUGUGCAGGUGUACCGGCUACAGACCAAUAGCCGAUGCUUUCAAAACUUUUGCUAAAGAUGCUGACCAAAAACUAUUAACCAAGUUAUCCGAUAUUGAAGAAUUAGAUAUUGUAAAAUCUUGUGGGUUGAAAUGUGCCCAAAGUUGCUCUCAUCGAGAAAAAUGCUGCGUAAACCAACUCUCAGACUAUGCUAAAAACGUAAUAGAUAUAUUUAACGUGGCUGAUAUAAAAGGUUACAUUAUUGAUGUUAAUCUCAUCCUGGGAGCCGGUAUGACACUUUCUGAUAUGAUGGAACUGUUUCUAAGUUUAUCAGAGAAGAGAGAAGAGUUUUCGUAUUUGAAAGAUUUUUAUAAUCAUAUGGAUUUGGUAGCUCAUAUCCCUGUGAGAAAUAUUGGAACUAUUGGUGGUAAUCUGUAUUUGAAGCAUCUAAACAAUGAAUUCCAAACAGAUUUGUUCCUGCUUUUCGAAACUAUUGGAGGAUUGGUCACUAUUUCUGAAAGUGUAGACAGUGAUGUGAAAGUAAGUCUUACCGAUUUUUUGAAGACUUCCAUGGAAGGCAAAAUUAUUAAAAAUGUUGUGUUGCCACCGUUAUCUAAGUCUUGUUAUGUAAAAAGUUUUAAGAUAAUGUGUCGAUCGCAAAACACACACGCUAUUGUGAACGCCGGUUUUCUCUUCGAAUUCAAACAAAAUUCGAUGUUGUUAGAAAAAACUUCUAUUGUUUACGGAGGUAUUUCGGAAUCAUUUGUACAUGCUGAAAAAACUGAAGAACUUUUAAAGGGAAAAGACCCGUAUACUGAUGAAACACUACAGUUAGCUUUGAAAUCCUUGCAUGAGGAGGUAAACCCUGUUGAAGCACCGCCGGAGCCAUCAGCUGCUUAUAGAAGGAUGUUAGCAGUGUCACUAUAUUAUAAGGCAAUCCUAAGCCUCUGCCCAAGCAACAGAAUGAACUCAACCUUCAAAUCUGGUGGUGAAGUUAUAAAACGCCAUACAUCCAAAGGCAUGCAAUCUUUUGAAACCGACGAGACUGUAUGGCCAUUAAAUCAGCCGGUACCUAAAUUAGAGGCGUUGGUACAAUGCAGCGGUGAGGCCACAUUUGCUAACGAUUUAGAGGCUAUGCCAAAUGAAGUGUUUGCUGCCUUUGUCACGGCUGAUGUGGUUCCGGGCAGUGUCAUCAAGGAUUUCGAUACAUCUGAAGCCUUUAAAUUGCCAGGAGUAAUCGCGUUUUAUACAGCCAGUGAUUUCCCAGGAGUUAAUGUAUUCACACCAUCAAACUUCUUGUUCAUAACGGAGUAUGAAGCAAUACUCUGUGAUAAGCAAGUCCUGUUCCACGGACAACCAGCAGGAAUCAUAGUAGCUGAAAGGGAGAAAAUUGCCAACCUAGCAGCUAAACUUGUCAAAAUAAAUUAUAGUUCAAUUAGUCAAAAUAAACCUUUGCUCACAAUUGAUCAGGUUCUCAAGUCUCCAGAAAAGAGUAAAAGAGUCAGGGCUGACCAAACUGUAGAACCAACUGAUGUAGGCACUGAUGUCAAAGAAGUUGUAACUGGGGAAUUGGAAUUGAAGGAACAAUAUCAUUUUCAUAUGGAAACUCAGACCUGCGUUGCCAGGCCUACUGAAGACGGGAUGGAAGUAUAUUCAUCUGCGCAAUGGAUUGAUGUCGUGAAUGUUGCUAUCGCUAAAGCUUUGAACAUACCGGUUAACAGUGUAAACGUGGUUGUUCGUCGUCUGGGCGGUGCUUACGGUGGCAAGAUAAUUCGUUCUGCUCAAAUAGCAUGCUCUACCGCUCUUGUUACUCAUCUUUUGAAUAGACCUUGCAGAAUGAUUUUGCCAUUGAUUACAAAUAUGAAGUCGAUAGGGAAACGGAUUCCGACUAAGUGCAACAUUGAGGCUGGAGUAAAUGCUAAGGGUGAAAUCCAGUAUCUGAAGAAUAAUUUCUACCAGGAUGGAGGUUGCUCUUACAACGAGGUUCUAACAGCCAUAACGACGCAACAUUUUCUAAACUGUUAUAACGCCAAGAGAUGGUACAUGUCUUCAUACAGCGUUUUAACUGAUAAAACUUCACACUCUUUUUGUAGAGCGCCAUCUUCAACCGAAGGCGUUGCCAUGAUAGAAUAUAUGAUGGAGAAAAUAGCAUUUACUCUAAAACAAGACUCAAUGGAAGUGAGGCUUCUAAAUAUGGAUCUUGAGGAUAACCCAAUCCCAGAAAUGAUAACCCAAAUUAAGAAAGAUGCUGAUUACGAUGACAGGUGUAAAGAAGUCGAGGAGUUUAACAAGAACAAUCGUUGGAGAAAACGUGCCAUCAAGAUGAUCCCAAUAUCUGUCGAUAUAGCUUAUUAUGGAGGUUUUAAUGCGACAGUAUCAAUUUAUCAUGGUGAUGGAUCCGUAGUCGUCACUCAUGGAGGCGUAGAAAUGGGACAGGGCAUAAAUACAAAAACAGCGCAAACUUGCGCUUACAUUCUUGGUAUACCUUUGCAUAAGAUAAGUGUGAAACCCAGCAGCAGUUUCGCCACACCUAAUACUUUUGUUACUGGUGCGAGUGUUGGCAGUGAAUCUGUAGUAUUUGCUGCUAAGAAAGCUUGUGAAGUACUAAACGAACGACUGAAGCCUAUAAGAGAAUCACUGGAUAACCCUACAUGGGCAGAUUUGAUUGUAAGUGCCCAUACAGCUGGGUUAGAUCUUAAAGCCACUUAUACAUUCGCAACAACCGAUGCAAGCUCCUAUAAGGUGUAUGCUGUUGGUAUGUUAGAAUUAGAAUUGGACAUUUUGACUGGUAACCAUGAUGUUGUAAGAGUUGAUAUAUUACAAGACUCUGGGAGAAGUUUGAGCCCUGAAAUUGAUAUUGCGCAGAUCGAAGGCGCAUUUAUAAUGGGAUUAGGCUACUGGACAUCAGAACAACUUAUUUACGACGGAGCCACUGGCAAGCUUCUAACUGAUAGAACCUGGAAUUAUAAGAUUCCCGGAAUUAAAGACAUUCCUUCUGAUAUGAGAAUUUAUUUCCGUCGCAAUGCUAAGAAUGAAUUUGGUGUUUUGCAGUCCAAAGCAACCGGUGAGCCAUCGACAUGCCUAGCCACGGUAUUCCUUCACGCCGCUCGCGAAGCCGUCCGUGCCGCUCGCUUGCAAGCCGGCUAUGAAGACACAUGGUUCGAUAUAGACAUUCCUUGCACUACGGAAAGUAUCUUCAAUGCUGUUGGACAUAAACUAGAGCAUUUCACAUUGAAAUAAAGAACAUAGAACUACGUACUUCUUUUACGCAUUAGGAGCUUUUUUAGGUACAUUGGGUUU